AGUCUCUCCAUAAACGAGCUCUGUUAGGAUCAGGAUCAGGAUCAGCAUGGGCGCUCAGUUACAGUUUAAUUAUGAGAUUCUUUCGUAGGAAAAUAGCCGUAGUUGUGGUUUUGGCGUAUGUGUUUUUCUCGCUGUACGCGGCGUACAGUGUGUUCUUCAGUAGGAAGGUCGUGUCUCGGGUGCACAGAGUGGUGAAGAAGGGCUCUGCAGACAACUCUAAAGCAGCAGAGGAGGAAUGGAACCCCUGGGAGGAGGAGGAGCGUGCAGAGUCUAUCACUGUACUGCAGAAACGGAGGGAGGCUUACCGAUCUUAUCAAGAGCGCAUUGCUAAGAGCAGACCUAAAAGAUAUAAAGUUCAGAUCCUGGGUAAAGCUGCUAUAGGACUGUACUUGUGGGAACACAUUUUAGAGGGUCCUCUGAAUCCUACUGAUAAAACAGGUCAGUGGAGGGAAGGAGAGAUCCAGUCUGGAAAGAUUAAUUUCAGUUUCUACACAGGCCCAGCAGUGGUGCAGGGUCAUGUUCCACUGGACACAGACAGUGUGGUUUUGGUGUUAAAUGGACGAGAACAGCAGAAAAUCUCCUACUCCAUCCAGUGGCUACAGCAUGUUCAGGCUUUGGUCCAGGCCCACACGAUCUCUAGGGUGGCUGUGGUAUUACUGGGCAGUGAGCAGUGCACGAAUGAUUGGAUCAGCCCCUAUCUGAAGAGACAGGGAGGGUUUGUGGAUCUGCUGUUCCUGGUGUACGACAGCCCCUGGGUCAAUGAUAAGGAUGUCUUCCAGUGGCCUCUUGGUGUAGCCACGUACAGACACUUUCCAGUUGUAACACCCAACACUCAGAUGGUGAGCUCUGCAAGACCUUAUAUCUGCAACUUCUUGGGAACGGUCUACAAGAACUCAUCUAGAGAAUCUCUUAUGGGCAUUCUGAAGCAGAAUGGCUUGGAGAAAGAAUGUCUCACAAAUGCUCGAGAGAAGUGGCUUCCUCAGGAGACAGCGGACACCUCCAGACAGUACCAGAUGGCUCUGGCUCAGAGUGACCUGACCCUGUGCCCAGUUGGAGUAAACACAGAAUGCUACCGCCUCUACGAGGCGUGUGCCUAUGGCUCUGUGCCUGUGGUGGAGGACGUCCUGACUCCCGGAGCCUGCGCAGACGGUCGCAGUUCCCCUCUCCGUCUGCUCAAAGAUGCAGGGGCACCCUUCAUUUUCCUCAAGGAUUGGAAGGAGCUCCCGGCCAUUCUGGAGAAGGAGAGAGUGAUGAGUCAGGCGGAGAAGACGGAGAGGAGAAUGAGGCUGCUGGAGUGGUACACUGGAUUCCGUCAGCAGAUGAAGGACAAGUUUACAGAAGUGCUGGAGGAGGCCUUCUUUAAACUGAGCUAAGAGAAGGCUGUGAAUGGUCUGUACAUUUGGACAAGUAUGAUCAAUACAAGUUUCAUUGUAUCACUGAGAUUUUACUGCAUCAUGGCCCCCCCAGUCUUUUCUCAUCUGUAGAAUGUUAUUUAUUUACUUUUAAAGGUUUACCUGUACUUUAUGUAUUAAUAUGCAUUUGCAAAAUUCAUGUGUACUUUGUGGAAAAAGUGUACUGUUUACAUUUUCUUUUGUGUUGUUUUAAAUAUAAAUUAUUUUAGAUUAUCCCAUUCAUCCUGCAUCACAGUGCAAUACAAUUAAAAACGUUUACCCUCCUUUAUAAAAUGUUAUUGUGUUUAAUGGAGCUCUGAUUAUUGUGUUGUAAAGCUAUAUAUUGGUCAUACCGCAUUAAAGCAUAGUUCA